AUGGCUAGAUCGGCAUCGGCAUCAAUUGUCGGUUCCUGUUCAGUUGGAGGGUUCGAGAAAUCCCUCUAUGACCUGAUCAAGGGUCUUCGGAACCAUAAAGGCGCGGAAGAUGAAUACAUUCAGAAUGCCUUGCGCGAAUGCAAGGCCGAAGUCAAAUCACAGGACAUGGAUAAAAAGGCCACGGCUCUACUGAAGCUUAUAUAUCUCGAGAUGUUUGGUUACGAUAUGUCAUGGGCGGCUUUCAAUGUUCUGGAGGUCAUGUCAUCGGCAAAAUAUCUACAGAAACGAGUCGGUUACCUCGGAGCUGUCCAGAGCUUCAGGCCGGAUACAGAGGUUCUAAUGUUGGCGACGAACAUGCUCAAAAAGUGUCAUCUUGGCUCACUCAUUUGCAAGGAUAUCGUGUCGCCCAAUAUCCCCGCAUUGUCAUUACCACUGGCUACGCUGCCACAUAUCAUCACCCCAUCACUUUCGAUGUCUCUGCUUCCUGAUAUCUUAUCUCGCCUUUCGCAUUCCAGCCCCGUGGUCCGCAAAAAGACAAUCGUUACGCUCUACAGAAUUUCGCUGGUUUAUCCAGAGGCGUUGAAGCUGGCUUGGCCGAGAAUUAAAGACCAUCUUAUGGACGAUCAAGAAGAUGCUAGUGUUACCACUGCUGCGAUCAACGUUGUAUGCGAACUUGGAUGGCGACGCCCGCAUGAUUUUCUCCCUUUAGCUCCGCGGCUUUUCGAGCUUCUCGUGGAUAGCGGCAAUAAUUGGAUGGCUAUCAAGAUCAUCAAAUUAUUUGCAACUUUGACACCCUUGGAGCCGCGACUAACACGAAAGCUUCUACGACCACUAACCAAUAUUAUUCAAACUACAUCGGCCAUGUCAUUGCUAUAUGAAUGUAUCAAUGGCAUUAUUCAAGGUGGCAUCCUCGAUGGGGAAGACAACCUGCAAGAAAGAGAUGAGGUUGCAAGUCUUUGCGUCGGCAAACUUCGCGGCAUGAUUGUCAUAGACUCGGAUCCCAACCUUAAAUACGUUGCUCUCCUCGCAUUAAAUCGGAUCGUGACAACACAUCCUUCAUUAGUAUCAGUCCAACAGGAUGUCAUCAUGGAGUGUCUAGAUGAUGCGGAUAUAUCAAUUCGACUGCAGGCAUUGGAGCUUGCUGCGGGGAUGGUCACCAGCGAUACCCUUCAGGAAGUGGUCAAUCGUCUCGUCGAGCAACUUCGGUUCGCCCCGCUCUCGGCUUCAGCAGACCCAUCCGGGGUCGCAGAUGAGGAUUUUGAAGAAAAAAACGGACCCGCCAGCACAGAGACCGCAAAGGUCCUACCGAACGACUAUCGCACCGAAGUCGUACACCGCAUUCUGGACAUUUGCUCGCAGAGCAAUUACUCUGAAGUCGAGGACUUCGAGUGGUAUGUUAAUAUUCUGGUCCAGCUCGUUGGUCUUCUUCCACUUGCGGAAAUGGAUGACUACUGGAACGCACCCCAGUCUGGUCAAAGUCAAGAGUCUUCGUCCGUCAAAACGUCUGCGGCGUUCCGCAUUGGCUCGGAGAUUCGUAACAUCGCGGUUCGUGUCAAGGGGGUACGGAUGGAAGCGUGCAGGGCUGCUGAGUCCCUGUUGCUGAUUGAUAACCGCCCACUCCUCUUCCCUGUCGGCUCGAGUGUGGGUGACGAUGUCCUUGGCCCUGUUUCUUGGGUCGUGGGUGAAUACGCAGAAUAUCUUCGAAGCCCUAGUCGGACGUUGCAGUCGUUGAUCGAUGGGGGUAAUGUCUCUUUGCCUGCCAAGACUCUGCAAUUAUUCCUGCAGGCGAUUCCCAAGGUCUUUAUACAGGCUAAUAGAGACUGUGAGUCCCGAGAUAGCUGGAAGAGCGAAAUGUCUCUCCUCCUAGCUCGCGUUGUUGAAUUCCUCGAGUCAGUGGCUGCACACCCGGACCUGGACGUUCAAGAACGAGCGAUUGAAUUUCUGGAAGUGCUUCGUUUGGGCGCGGAUGCAUUGCGCUCUGAUACAGAGACGAGCGAAGUCCCGUUCUUUCUCUCCUCGGUCAUUCCGAGCUUAUUCAUGGGUCUGGAGCUGAAGCCCGUUGCACUCAAUGCUCAGAAGAAGGUCGUUCUCUCUGCGAGUCUACGAUUGGAUGAGCCUUUUAACGAUAAUCUGCCGGGUUUAUUCGAUCGGCUUGAUGGUUCGAUGUCCGAUAUCCAUUCUCACGGCGGGCUGCAGGACUUUUAUUACGUUGCCGCAUCUUCUCCGCCUGCUUUGGCGAAUAAGCCUAUUCAUGACUUGAGCGCUGCGAGCUACCUCGACAACUCGUAUCAAAAUGUCUCGGCGGGUAGUGGCGCGCAUAAGGCUGAACGCCGGGAACGCUAUCAAAAUGAUCCGUUCUAUAUUGCUUCGCUCGGGGGGAAUAACUCAUCUGGCACAUCUACGCCUGGGGUCCCUCAUGAAGGCGGUCUGGAUAUCGACAAUAUUCCCAUCAUCGAUUUGAAACUUGAGGACGGGGCGAAGGGCCUUGCGAGUCGUGAACCUGAAGUCCGGAGACACCAGUCCAGACGAAUGGAGGUUGCGGCUGAUGAAACGUUAGGCGUUGAAGAUCUUUCUUCUUCCCCGAGGGGUAAUGCUGGUGCUGGCAGCAACAGGCGGGGUUUACUUCAAGUGGAUUCCAGCACUCUGGAAAGAAGUGAGUAUCAACAGGCCCAGUCCCAGUCCCAGCCCGGGCUCAUCUCUCUGGGAGAUGACGGGGAUAAGGAGAUGAAGGAAGCAAUGCAGAACGUAGAACAAGUGCGUCUGCGCAUGCAGCGGGCCUCGGAGCGAAUUGGGUUAGAAGGAACACCGGCCGAGGGGGAGCUGGUGAAAAAGAAAAAGAAGAGUAAGAAGGCGGCCAAGGCUACGGUGCUGGAUGGGGGUGAACCCGAGGACAAGGAGAAGAAGAAACGGAGGAAAAAGAGAACGUCUGAACAUGAACCUCAAAGAUAG